AUUUGCCCGGGCUGUCGUCACUAGUUCUCCAAUAAAGUAGAAGAAAAAAGAGAAAAAAGUUAUACGAGGCAGUUCGCAUGAAAUCUGAGGAAACAGCAGCAAUCUCUCGCCCUGUUUGUACUUUUGUUCUCCUCCCUGUCUAGACAUUCUCCCACAAUUCAGCACAAAUCUUCUCCCAAUGUCAUCUUUGUUGGAUUUCCCAGAAAGGAAUUCAGUUUGGAGAUGUUAUGUUAUCCUUGGUUGUUUGUUUUUCAAUUUAUGUUGAAUCAUGUCCAAUUGUGUGCCUAUAUGGGGGAUGCAGUGUGAUUGAUUGAUUGAUUUGGGGGAAGCUAUGUCCAUGUUUGGAGAUCUGAGGGGGGUCAAGUGGCGUAUUGAUUUGGGUAUUUUGCCUUGCUCUCCCGAUCCAUCCAUCGAUCAUCUUCGUCGCCUCACAGCCGACUCCCGUAGGAGGUAUGCUUCUUUGAGGCGGCAGCUUCUAAUUGAUCCACAUGUUCCUAAAGAUGGGAGUAAUUCUCCUGAUUUUGUUAUGGACAAUCCACUCUCACAAAAUCCUGAUAGCAUGUGGAGUCGCUUCUUCAGGAAUGCUGAACUGGAGAGAAUGGUUGAUCAGGAUCUCUCUCGUCUAUAUCCUGAGCGUGGUAGCUACUUUCAAACACCUGCAUGCCAAGCCAUGUUGAGAAGAAUAUUGCUGCUUUGGUGCCUUAGACAUCCACAGUGCGGCUACAGGCAAGGGAUGCAUGAACUAUUGGCCCCACUUCUCUACGUUCUUCAAGCCGAUAUUGAGCUGCUUUCUGAAGUGAGGAAUCUUUAUGAAGAUCAUUUUGCUGACAAAUUUGAUAGUUUCUCAUUUCAUGAAAAUGAUUUUACAUAUAAAUUUGAUUUCCAAAAAAUUUCAGAAUCUGAGGAAGAUGAAAAUAGAUGUGAAAGCAGUCCACUGAAAAUUACGGAACUAGAUACCAAGAUACAACGCAUUGUUUUACUGAGUGAUGCUUACGGAAGUGAAGGUGAGCUUGGUAUUGUUUUGUCUGAGAAGUUUAUGGAACACGAUGCAUACUGUAUGUUUGAUGCUCUGAUGAUUGGGGCUGGUGGUGCAGUUGCCAUGGCAGAGUUUUUCUCCCAUUCACCAUAUGGUACCGGGUUUCCCCCUGUCAUUGAAGCUUCAGCAGCACUUUACCAUUUGCUCUCACUUAUUGAUUCCUCUCUCCAUAGCCACCUUGUCGAGCUAGGGGUUGAACCGCAAUACUUUGCACUUCGUUGGUUACGAGUACUAUUUGGGCGCGAAUUUGCACUUGAAGACCUAUUGAUAAUCUGGGAUGAGAUAUUUGCGUGUGAAAACAACAAGUUGGAGAAAUCUUCUGCUGACUCCAGCUGUAGUGUCUUGAAUUCUAAAAGAGGAGCAUUCAUCUCAGCUUAUGCAGUUACUAUGAUACUUCACUUGAGACCUUCACUACUUGCCACCGAAAAUGCUACUGUGUGCCUCCAAAGAUUACUAAAUUUUCCAGAUGACACAAGUCUAGAAAAACUGAUAGCAAAGGCAAAAUCCUUGCAGGCUUUGGCAGUGGAUGCCAACAAUACAACUCCCUUAGUUGGAGACUAUGGUAGAAGUAAGUCAACAGUCAUGAGAGGUCAUAGCCAUUCAAUUGAUUUAAGCUCCCAAAGAACUCCUCUCUAUUUGGUACCAGAAAGCUAUUGGGAAGAAAAGUGGACAGUUGUACACAAAGAAGAAGAGCACAAGCAAAAUAGCAUACAGAAACAAACUUCAAAGCAAAGAAAAGGUUGGUCUGAGAAAUUUAGGUUGCAUCUUCCUAGAACCAAGCCUGAUCCAUUCCCAUCUAAGGUUGAUAAUGGAAGAAAAGGUCCCAAGUUAUCGGUUAGGAAAAAAUUGUUGAAAGAUUUGGCUCAGGAGCUUGGUUCUGAUGAAGAUGUAAUUAAGCAGAUUGGUGAUGAUAAUGUACAGGAGAAAAAUCCAGUUGCGGUGAAUGUACAAGAUGGUGACAAUAGAGAUGAUUUAACUGAGGGAACGUGGUCAAGCAGAAAUGCUGCUACUGAACAGAAUGCUUCUAUUUUCUCGGAUCCCCCAAGUCCUAUUGGCCAUGCUGGUGAUCCUGAAAUUAGAUCUGAAAGUAGUGUUGCAUCAAACUUCUAUGCAGAUGAAAAUAACGUUGAUGCCAAUAAAGGUGAGGUGUCCAGAACUAAUCCAGGAAGCUCACCCAUCCCUAUUUUGGAUUCAGCCUGUUUAAAAUCUGAACCCAAUGAUGCCUCGGGGAACAUAUAUACAACAGGCUUGAAGGAGCAGAGAUUUCUUUCUGGUAAAUUUCAGAGGUUGUGGAAAUUUGGACAAAAUGCUGAUGAGGGAACGUCCGAAAGAAGUCGUCGGUGUGAUUCCAUAAAAGCUUGCAAUGGUGGGAAUAAUCUGACCACUCCGGCUGAAUCUUCUACAGCUGAUGCAUCUCAUAACAAUGAAAUUAUCAAAGGGGAAACUGUAGACGAGAAUGUUAUAGCUACAUUGAGAAAUCUUGGACAGUCAAUGCGCGAGAAUAUCCAAGUGAUUGAGUCUGAGUUCCAGCAAGAUCAGGGUCAUGUUGGGACCUUCGUGAACGUCUCUAAGAAGGAUUCGGCUGGUAAAAGUCAAGGAACAGCCAUGGCAGCUGUUGAGGAACUUUGGAAAAUCAGCAACCUCUUAUCAGAGAUGUAAGGAGGGAAUAGUCUGCCCAAUAUGUAUAUAGGUUAAUUAUUGGCCUUUUUUAUUGGGAUAAUGCAUAAGGGUACCUCUCUAAACUUUUCCCGAUAUUCCAACUAUACACUUGUAACUUUGCAGGUCCUAUUACCCCCAUUCAUGUUCCAACUGUAUCUGCUAACACCCUCUUACACUCUGAGACCUAUACUGUAAGAUGAGACCCAGCAGUGGUCACGUGUUUUGUCAUGUAAUAUUUCUUUCUCAGUC